UACUUCCUCAAUGGUGUAAACUUCCGGUCCGAUUCACAUGUUAUGGGACCUUAGAAUCCCCUUCAGCUGCAGUUUCUGGUCUAUAUGAGGGAAUUUGAACUGAAGUGGAUCACAGGAUGUCCAUGAGGAGGGAAGUACUGGCAGUGUACAAACGUGCCCUUAGGCUAGCUAAUGACUGGGGAAAGUAUGCCUCGCAGCCUGAAGGUGUUCUUACAGAAAAGGAGUACAUACGAAGUGAAUCCAAAAAACUAUUUCGAAAAAACAGAUACAUUUCUGAUGAUGUGAUGAUUCAAGAUCACAUCAAAGAAGCUGAAACAAGAAUAGAAAUGGCUAUUCAUUACAAGACACCUUACCCAAGGCCUGUCAACAUACCUCAGAGUGUCCUCCCACCUUUAAGUGCCAAGUUAAAGAAAGGUCAGCGGAGGUCAAUUAAACAGUCUAAACCUAUAUAUCUGAAGUCCUACGACGACAUUGAAACGUGAUCAUGUGACACGCUAGGACAUUGAUAACAUACAGAGAUUCUCUGUUGCAUAUCUGUACAGUGGACAAACACAUGUCAAUGGUGUAGACAUGUCACCAUGUGCAGUAGUACCACGUACAGUAAAGGCAUGUAUUGGCAUCAGUGUGUUUAAACUAAACAGUUAAAUACUUGUGUGAUGUGAUCUACUGUGAACAGUGAUGCAUAUUUUUGAACAACAAAGUUGUUGAGAAUGUGUAUGGUUCAAUAUAGAUGCCACGAAAAGACAUGACCUUUAUUAUAAUGUUUCAAAUAUAGCAACUGAAAGUUGCAAAUCUUAAUUAGCAUUUUGAUGUAAUUUAAUAUGUAAUUAAUGUGAUUAUCAUCACAUAUAUAUAUAUACAUA